UUUAAGACCUUUGAGGACAUGGUCAAGGAGCAGAUCAAACAGCUGGAAGGACCUGCUGUCCUGAAACUCAAGGAAGUGGGAGACAUUGUGACAAAAGAGCUAUUUAAGUUGGCACAGAGCAGCCUUGUUGGAUUUCCUAACCUCAUCAAAACAGCUCAGAUGAAGAUCGAAGCCAUCAGAAAGGAGAAGGAGACUGCAGCAGAGUCCAUGCUGAGGACUCAGUUUAAGAUGGAAUUGAUUGUUUACACUCAGGACAGCACAUACAGCAAGAAGUUAGGGAAGCGUAAGAGGGAAGAUGAACAGAACGGUUUCCCUUUCGGCAAUGGUAUACCAGUGAAGACAAGCACCAGCUCCACUCCUAGCAAUGACAGUGGGGCCACCGUGAAAGAGAUGAUUAAACACCUGAAAUCCUAUUACCAAAUUGCUGGCCAGCGUCUGGCGGACCAGAUCCCACUGGUAAUCCGCUACCAGAUGUUGCAGGAGUCUGCUGUGCAGCUGCAGAGGGAGAUGCUGCAGAUGUUUCAAGACAAGGAGAAAACAGAGUCGCUGCUUCACGAGGACUCUGGCAUAGGAACCAAAAGAAUCCACCUUCAGAACCGCCUUGAGCGGUUGUCAAAGGCACGCGCGUGUUGACUGACUUUAGUAUGAACACAUACAACUUCAACCAAGGGCGUAGGUUUGACCUCAACAUUGGAAGGGACACAAUGACCCACGCCCCACCCCCCACAUCCACCCCUGUGUGUGUGACCUCUGCAAAAAAACAUUCAAAAAAGAGGACUGUUUAAUUCUGACAACCAACUGGUUUAUUAACAAACCAUCUUAGAUCUGUAUAAACAUUUCAAUAAAGUAUAGACAGGAACAGAUCAAAGACUAAAAUAAUGUAAAACAAAUUAAAUUAGUUUGUAAUAGAGAGAAGAAAGAAACAACAAUAUUUCAGU